GUCGAGUAGUGAAGUGUAGUGUGUAAUUCUAUGUAUUGUAACGCCAUGGAGCGCGUACGGUUGACAGUACUGUUAGUCUGCAUGAUACUAGGAUCCAUCCGGGCUCAAGCGACGUCUGGUGCUCGUGCAGCUGUAACCUCGAACGCGGCCGAAUGUGCCGAAAUUGGAAUGUCAAUGCUGGAUCAAGGUGGUUCGGUGGCAGACGCCGCUAUCGCAACACUACUGUGUGAAGGUGUUUCCAUCCCGCAAAGUAUGGGCAUAGGUGGGGGUUUUGUACUGACCAUCUACAACAAGGCGUCUGGCAUUGUGGAAUCCUUGAAUUCUCGUGAGGUAGCACCGGCUGCGGCCAACAAAAGCAUGUAUAUUGGCAACGGGGACGCGUCGUUUAUAGGUGGACUGGCAAUAGCGGUUCCUGGAGAGAUAAAGGGCUACUGGGAGCUGCAUCAAAAAUAUGGCAAACUUCCCUGGAAGACACUUUUCGAACCGAAUAUCGCGCUUUGCUUCAAGGGUUCCCUGGUGACAGAUUAUCUUAGCAAAAUCCUUGCAGCACAAAAAUCCAGCAUUCUGCAAUAUCCCGACCUGGCCGCUAUAUUCAUCAAUCCCAGUACUGGCGACACUUGGAAAUUGGGGGAUCGUAUCAAGCGACCAGUAUUGGCAGAAACAUUCAAGGUGAUUGCUUCAGAGGGAGUGAAUGCACUAUACAGCAAAGAAGGCUCUCUUUUACCCAAAUUGAUGGCGGAUUUGAGAAACGUUGGAAGUAUCCUGACUGAAAAUGACUUCUACAACUAUCGCCCUGAAUGGCUUAAACCAGCCCGAACCCAGCUGCGUAAUAGCUACGACGUGUACUCCAUGCCGCUCCCGGGAAGCGGUUCGAUUUUAAGCUACAUGCUGUCGAUUCUCGACGGUUAUAAAGAUCUUUCAGUUAAUGAUCCACUCACGUGGCAUCGGAUCAUCGAAAGCUUCAAGCACGGCUAUGGACUGCGUACAAAAGUGGGAGAUCCUCGUUUCGUACCAACUGUGAACACGGUACUGCAGAAAAUGACAAACAAGAACUACAUUGCCUAUAUUCGGGAUAUGAUUGUGGGCAACAUGACGUUCGAUAAUUACGACUACUAUGGAGCCGACUUUGCAGCUACGAAUGACGCAGGAACGGCUCACGUUUCUGUCCUGGCGGGUAACGGGGAUGCAGUGGCUGUGACGAGCACAAUUAAUUACUUGUUUGGUUCGCAGAUAGUUUCGCCGUCGACUGGCAUCAUCCUGAACGACGAAAUGGAUGACUUCUCAACACCGGGAUUGGUCAAUGCCUACGGGCUGUCUCCUUCCCCUGCCAAUUUUAUCGUGCCUGGUAAGCGUCCACUCUCAUCCAUGUCACCGACGAUAAUACUCGAUAACCGGGGAAAUGCCAGGAUGGUGGUUGGUGGAGCAGGAGGUUCUAAAAUUACAACCUCCAUAGCGCUCCUCGUACUUCGACAUUUGUACUUCAGGCAAGAUAUAUGCGACGCAAUCAAUGCUCCGCGAAUCCAUCAUCAACUAGCUCCCAUGCGAGUCGACUAUGAAAAAAAUUUCGACCCGAAUGUUGUUGCCGAGCUCGUUUCCCGUGGUCAUACCGUAAAGCAGUCGAAGGAUGACUUUGGAUUCGCGGCACUGACGGUUAUCGUGAAUCAAGGAGGUGUUAUUAAAGCAGCAUACGAUCGACGGCGAGCUGGAAGCGUUUCUGUUCGACCCCACAGAGCCGGUUUAGGAAAUUGUUACUAAUUAUUGAGUUUUUUAUGUAAACUUAUUUCGUAACCAAAACGAUUUUACACGGCUUGUGGUUUCUCAGGAGUCUUGAAAUAGAUGAAUUUCUGCUUAUAGGACUAAAUAACUAGCUUGGGCUGUGUAGUACAAAAUAAAGUGGAUCGUCUCUACACGUAUAUAAAUAUGUAUAAUAUACAUGUCAUUUAACUUAAAUGACAUAUGUUUUUAUGUAUCUCGUUUUUGUCGUUAUUCGCAUAGCAUCGUAGAUGGCGAUCGAACUGAGCAAUCUUGAUGCAAUGCGAAUUUAUUUUGCUGUACACAGCUAGCGGAAUGAUACAA